GCGGGAGCUUGAGCGGGGCCGCCAUGGCCGGGUUCUUGAAACUAGUAUGUGCUUCCCUCCUGCGCCAGAAGUUCCAUACCACUAGCAGUCACUACAGGGGUCGGACCGGCGCGGAGCACCUGUGGCUGAGCAGGCAUCUGAAGGACCCAUUUGUGAAAGCUGCGAAAGUGGAGAGUUAUCGGUGUCGAAGUGCCUUCAAGCUUCUGGAGGUGAAUGAGAAGCACCGAAUCCUACAACCUGGCUUCCGGGUGUUGGACUGUGGGGCGGCUCCUGGAGCGUGGAGCCAGGUGGCUGUGCAGCGAGUCAAUGCUGCAGGCACAGAUCCCAAGGCUCCUGUUGGCUUUGUGCUUGGGGUCGAUCUUCUUCACAUCUUCCCUCUGGAAGGAGCAACUUUUCUGUGCCCUGCUGAUGUGACUGACCCAAGAACCUUCCAGAGGAUUGGAGAGCUGCUUCCUGGUGGGAAAGCAGAUGUGAUUCUGAGUGACAUGGCACCCAAUGCCACAGGGAUCCGUGACCUUGAUCACGACAGACUCAUUAGCCUGUGUAUGUCUCUCCUGGCCCUAGCUCCAGACAUCCUUCACCCUGGGGGUACAUUUCUUUGUAAAACCUGGGCUGGGAGUCAGAGCCAUCUGUUGCAUAAGAGGCUGAGAGAGGACUUCCAGAACACAAGGAUUGUAAAACCUGAGGCCAGCAGGAAAGAAUCUUCAGAGGUGUACCUCUUGGGCACACAGUACCGAGGAGUGAAGGGUUCUUUGGAGGACUGAGGGUUUCUUCUACAUUAUUGGUCCCUUUUCAUUGCAAAUGUAGCCUGAGCUCUUUUCCAGAAGAGACUGGGAGAACUGAGCUUAACCUGGGAGAUGCAGCAGGCAGAACAAAUGGGAGUCUUUUUUUUUUUUUAACUGAUAAGAUAUGACAGAAAUAUAUUCAAUGGCCAUAAUCUACCGUAAGAAACAGCCUGUGAUAUGAUUUACUGAAGAGGAAGUUAUGGGAAAUAGGCAAAGAUAGAAGGAUGGAGUUAUGUUGAAGGAGAGGGACACACACACAUCCCUGUGUAAAUUUCCCAGCUUACAAACAGUUGGCAAUUAAAGAGAACAACUUUCCACCAAGAACACGUUUUCCAGUUGUUAUUUUGGCCAAAUUACUUAGAAAAAUUUGAAAUUUCAAUCUGGGGAUGAAUUUCCAUCUCUCUGGUGAGUAAUCUGGAAAGGCAUUCAUUCCUCAAGCAGCAGGAGUUCCCAGGGCAAUUUGGGAAGGCAUUGGGUUGUGUGUGCUUGGGCUUUUGCUGAAUUUGUUGGUGUAAUACUCCAAGACCCUAAAGCUAAUUGACAAAGCAAGUGCAAUGUGGUGCGUUCGUUUAAUUUUUUACUCUUUUGAGAACACCAGGCAGAUAUAGAUUAUAUUACUUAUGAAUGCAGAUUGUAUUAAGAUUUGUAGAAUUGAAGGAAAUCUGGUUUUUUCAAAGCCAUUUCCUGGAGGUGGGCUCAGUAUUCAUUGACUGUGAUGAUGA